AUGGCAAAUUUUAAGAUGAAAAUUUUCCGGCACUGGCUGCUUUUUGUUUUGUGUCUUCCUUUAUCAAGUGUUUUAUGCUUUAGCGAGUUGUCCUUCAUCACAGAGCCCAGUGAUGUUACUGUAUUACCAAAGGACCCUGCUGUAUUGGACUGUCAGGCCCAUGGACAGCCUCCAGUCACCAUCAAGUGGCUGAGGAAUGGGGUUAAGCUGGCAGAAAGUGAGCACAUACACCUCCUGCCAAAUGGCUCCUUGUACAUACCAAAGAUAAAGCAUACCAAGGAGGAUUCAGAUGAAGGAUUCUACCAGUGCCUCUCCCAAAACAAAUUUGGAGCUAUCUUAAGCCAAAGAUCACGAUUGACUAUCGCAAGUAUCUCAGAGUUUGUGUUGCAUCCUGUGCCUGUUGUGGUGACUGUGGGCUCUGUGGCACGAUUCUCCUGUGCAGUCAUCUCAAGCCCACCUGCUACCAUAACCUGGGAGCUAAACCAAAGGACACUGCCUCUGCAGACAGACAGAAUAACUGUUUUGCCAAACGGAGUUCUUCAGAUUCACAAUGUACAACUGGAGGAUGCCGGACACUAUCAAUGUGUGGCAACUAACAUCGGUAGUGUGUUGAAGAGUCGAGAGGCCACACUGACAGUCAACCAAGAUGCAGGCCCUAAACUACGUCAGAGACCCAGAAUCAUUGCUGGACCUCAAAAUGUGACAGUUUCUCUUCACCAAACGGUGGUGUUGGAGUGUGUGGCCACAGGCAAUCCCCGGCCCAUCAUCUCCUGGAGCCGUGCUGACAGUAAACCCAUUGAUGUGUACAAUGCCAAAGUGUUGGGCAAUGGAAACCUGGUUAUUGCUGAUGUCAGUACCAAGCACAGCGGAGUCUACAUUUGCAGGGCCACCACCCCUGGAACCCGCAACCACACCACUGCUGCAGCCAACCUCACAGUAUUGGUGCCACCAAACAUAGUUGAGAAACCUGAGAGCCAGACCCGUCCGAGGGCAGGCACUGCCCGGUUCAUGUGCCAAGCAGAGGGAGUACCCACACCUCGCAUCACCUGGCUGAAGAAUGGAGAACAAGUUCACUUAAAUGGGAGGAUUAAGAUGUACAACAGUAAACUGGUGAUUACGCAGAUCAUCCCUGAGGAUGAUGCCAUCUAUCAGUGUGUGGCAGAGAAUGAACAGGGAUCUGUGCUAUCCUUGGCUCGCCUUAUUGUUGUCAUGUCCGAGGACAGGCCCAGUGCUCCGCGAAAUAUCCAUGCUGAGACCAUCUCAAGCUCUGCUAUCUUACUGGCCUGGGAGAGACCUUUGUACAAUGCGGACAAAGUCAUUGCCUACUCUGUCCAUUAUAUGAAGGCUGAAGGUCUAAACAACGAAGAAUACCAAGUUGUUAUUGGCAACGACACUACCAGUUACAUCAUCGAUGACCUGGAGCCAGCUCGAAACUACAGCUUUUACAUUGUAGCUUAUAUGCCAAUGGGAGCCAGUCGAAUGUCAGACCAAGUCAGUCAACAUACCCUGGAGGAUGUGCCUCUUCGUACUCCGGAGCUGAGCCUGACCAGCCACAGCACAACAGACAUCCAGGUGAGCUGGCAGCCACUGCCAGCCAAGGUGAGCCGGGGUCGUGUGUCUGCAUAUAGACUCUCUUAUCGCACAGCUGCAGACAGCACCGUCACAUCUGUAGAGCUACUGCAGAACAGCACUGAAUACCUGCUGGAGGGGCUGCAGCCUGACACCAUCUACCUGCUCCGCAUGGCCGCAGCCACCCGAGUGGGUUGGUGUGAGCCCUCAGCAUGGACAUCACACCGUACGCCUAAGACCUCCAGCAACAAAGUGCCUUCAGCCCCUAUUCUUCAACUUGAAGCUUUAAACUGCACCUCCAUUGUGGCACGCUGGCAAAGCUCCCUUGAAUCUGUGGCUAUUCAGGGCUAUCGGCUGUGUUACCACGAGGAAGGACAACCAGAGCAGCCCGACAUCCAGCUGCAGGCUCAAACCAAUACGUACACGAUUGGUGGCCUUGAUCCACGGAAAAAGUAUCACGUCAAGAUUCUGGCUGUCAGCAAAGUUGCAGAUGGUCAUCAGAGAGACCAGACCAUCAGUACCCCAGGAUGUGUGUCGGCUAGAGACCAACUUGCAGCAGCUCCUCCACCUCCAAAUCAAGUCACUGUUUUGGACGGCAAUUCAUCUGCAGUAUCCCUGCGCUGGAGUCAUCCUCCUUUCCCCUCUGGCAAGGCUGUCAGUUAUACAGUCCGCUGUACACCUGUGGGCACUCAUAAUGUCUUUGCAAUACACUACCUGCAAACUACGAAGCAAAGUGUGACAGUUCAGAAGUUGGAUCCAAACACUCGUUAUGAGUUUGUGGUGCGCCUUCAUGUGGACCAGAUGUCGAGUCCCUGGAGUUCUGUAGUUUACCAUCAAACCCUCCCAGCAGCACCAAGCCAACCUCCUGCAGGAGUGCGAGUAACUCUGAUUGAGGAAGACACCGCUCUGGUGUCCUGGAGGGAGCCCACUGAGUCCAACGUGGUGAUUACACGCUAUACCAUCCUGUAUGCUUCACAAAAAGACUGGAUUGCUGGACACUGGCAAAAAGUCCAGAGAGAGGGCAAUCAUACGAUGGCCUUGCUGGAGAAGCUGGAGCCAGGAAAUGUCUACCUUGUAAAAAUAGCUGCCUCCAAUGAGGUGGGUGAAGGUCCUUUCUCUGAGAUCGUGGAGCUGGCACCGAAGCGAGGAAACGUCCACCGAAGCAAAAAUCCCAGACACUCUGACUGGUUUCCAGAUACUACAGUAUUCUCUGAUGGUCUCUACCACAUAGACCAGAGGUCUAUGACGGGGAUCAUCGUUGGUGUGAGCAUCGCUUUGACCUGUACAAUUACAUGUGCUUUGAUUCUGAUCAGUAAGGGGAAACAAAGAAAAUCCUCCAGUCAUAAAGUCAUUGCUGUAGGAGCUCCUGAAGGUCCACGUUCUGGUUUUCCCAGUGAGCGGCAUGCGGAGAAUGUUGAGGCCCUUAUACCCAUGAUGCGUGAUCACUUCAUAGAUGCUAAGGGUGGAUCUAGUAUCAUCAUAAAUGGUACAUGUCCAGUCAGCAGCAAGAAGUGGCUGCUUUUCAACAGAGAAAUCAGAAAUCCAGCUGACAGCGAUAUCGAAACCAGAGCCAGCUUGUACGAAGCUGGCAAAACUGUUCUGAGAUACGAGGAGCAUCUCGGCUCAGCACCCUUGCCGCCUUCAUCACGGGAGAUCAUCUACGGACCUCUUCGCUCAGAGAGCUCUCACACCAGUGAGGGCAGCCAAGAGACGGGUGACUCUGGACACUACUCCAACGAAGAAAGUAACGAAGAGAUGAGCAGCCCGUCGAGCAGCCGAAGCUCUAGGCCUAAAUCUUUAGGGCCAGACGACAGUAUCGCAGUCUUGGAGCUGAAGCAGUCGUUUAAAGUGGAAAAAGAGGUUGAUGCUUCCUUGCUUCGCGGCAUCUCGGAGACCACUCAUGUGGUCUCCAGUACUUGUCAAGCAGCCAGCUGCUAA